AUGACCUCGAAAGGAGACAUUUUCGGAGUCUCUAUAGUAGGAGGAGAUCGUCGUGAGAGGAGGAGGUCUUCAUGGACGGAGAAGAAUAUCUGCAUGGUAGAAGAAGAAGGUCAGCGAAUAAUGUGGAGAGAGAUUAUGAUAUGGAGAGAGACUAUAUACAGAAGGAGACUAGUAUACGGAAGGAGACUAGGAUACGGAGGGAGACUAGGAUACGGAGGGAGACUAGGAUACGGUGGGAGACUAGGAUACGGUGGGAGACUAGUAUGCAGAAAGAGGAUUAGUACUGGAGACGAGAGUGAUAUAAGGAAGCAAUAUAAGAAAGAAAAAACGAAAAAAAAGAAAGUCAACCCUCAGACCGAAGGGCAGGCUUUGGCACUCCACUUAGUAAAGGCCAAAGCUCCCUCGCCUAUGCCUAGGGUCUAUCUCACAGGGUUAAGGCAAUUGGCAGGCGUGAAGCGAUUAAACCGCGUAACAGCCGCAGUACAAGUAGCAAAGUGGUCUGGAGUCUUGAGCUUCCCACAGCAGCGCUGA